UUAUUGCUGCUUCUAUUAAUUCUAUCAUUACUACAACCACCACUAAAACUACAGUAUACUGCAGUAAUUGGAGCAUACCUCACUUCUCUUCUUCAGUAAGCGGCGAUGCAGGUACUGAGCCGAUGCAGGAUCUCACCGCCAGGGGGAAGCACCGCAUUCGUCCGUAACUAAAAUCGCGGUGACGUUGUACAGUGUACAGUAUGGAAACAGAGCUAGAAAUGCACAUUGGGCAGGUGUGGAAAGCGCUUUCAACAAGGAAGUAGGUGCAUGUCGAGUCAGCCCGGCUCCAGAGUGGGGAGGAUGAGCAGCUCCGCGGCCCCAAGCCUGUCCGCCUCCUGAGCCGAGCUCCGCCGUCCCACUGCCGGCAUGGCUGCGGGCUUCGCUCCCCCGAAACUGUCCGAGUUCAUCCUGACCGAGAGGCUGGGCAGCGGGACCUACGCCGCUGUGUACAAGGCGUACAGGAAGAAGGACAGCAGGGAGGUGGUGGCUGUGAAAGUGGUGGGGAAGAAGAGUCUGAACAAGGCAUCCACGGAGAACCUGCUGACGGAAAUCGAGAUCCUCAAGACUGUGCGGCACCCCCACAUUGUGCAGCUCAAGGACUUCCAGUGGGACAGUGAGAAUAUCUACCUGAUCAUGGAGUGGUGCUCCGGGGGCGACCUGUCUCGCUUCAUUCGCAGUCGCCACAUGCUGCCGGAGAGGGUGGCCCGCCGCUUCCUGCAGCAGCUCGCCUGCGCCCUGCAGUUUCUCCAUGAGCGGAACAUCAGCCACCUGGACCUCAAGCCUCAGAACAUCCUGCUGAGUGGCAGCGUCCUCAAGCUGGCAGACUUCGGCUUCGCCCAGUACAUGUCUCCCUGGGACGAGAAGCACGUGCUGCGCGGGUCCCCCCUCUACAUGGCUCCGGAGAUGGUGUGCAGGCGGCAGUACGACGCCCGAGUCGACCUCUGGUCUGUGGGGGUCAUCCUGUACGAGGCCCUGUUCGGCCGGCCCCCUUUCGCCUCGCGGUCCUACACUGAGCUGGAGGAGAAGAUCCGCAGCGACUGGCCUAUCGAGCUGCCGCCGGGGGCGCGCGUGUCCCGGGACUGCCGAGACCUGCUGCUCCGCCUGCUGGACAGAGACCCCGACAGCCGCCUCUCCUUCUCCGCGUUCUUCGCCCACCCCUUCGUCGACCUGGAGCACAUGCCCAGCGCGGAGAGCCUGGGGAGAGCUACAGAGCUGGUGGUCAAGGCUGUCCAGAAAGACCAGCGGGGGGAUUGGUCAGCAGCGCUCUCCCUCUACUGUAGCGCACUGGAGCACUUCGUCCCGGCCAUCCACUAUGAGACUGACAUCCAGCGCAAAGAGGCGCUGAGACAGAAGGUGAACCAGUAUGUUUCCAGAGCUGAGGAGCUCAAAGCACUGGUGGCAUCAGACAACAAAAUCAUCUUUGAAGAAGCCAAAUCAGCCAGGGACAUUUUGAAAGAAAUGUCUCGCAGUCUUCCCCGGCUCCUCUCUGCACUGGAAGUGGCAUCUGCGGCUAUAGCCCAGGAGGAGGAAGGCCAGGAGAGCCAGGAGACACUGGACCUGUACCAGCAGAGUCUAGGCGAGCUGCUGCUGGUGCUGGCAGCGGAGCCUCAGGGCCGGAGGAGGGAGCUGCUGCAUGGGGAGAUUAAAAGCCUGAUGAGCAGAGCGGAAUACCUCAAAGAGCAGUUGAAGAUGAGGGAGACACAGACAGAAGCUUCGAUGGACAGGGAGGCUCUCUCUGAGUCCGUGAAGAGCUCCUGCUGUUUGCAGUGACCCUGGCCAGUGACACGAGCUGUGUGUGAGGGCGGGCUGGAGUCCGGGCCGGCCCAGUCACUGACGCCUGGACAGAGCGUCGUCCUCCUCCUCUGGCCCCCCCUGAGCGCCGCCGGCUCCGCGGCCAGGACGGGCACAGAUCCUGUGUCACCAGCCUGAUCGCUCGGGGACAGGCUGCUUCUCAGCUCUGGAAACGUGUGCUCACUGCGUGCUUUGCUGAAUUCAGUGCUCUGUGCUCUCGGGAAACACUGUGAUGGCUUCAAGUCUCUCUGCCCUCUUCGGGCCCUGGGAGAAAAUUGACUUUAUAACAAAUCCAGACCAGUAGAGUCUUCCUUCACAUAGCAGAACAACUUUUUACGUUUCAAGUUCACUACCAACAGCUGCAUCAACAGUCGUGUUAUAGUUUACUGGAGCUCAGGUAGUUAACAACAGCUUGGUUUGUAACUGUAAAGAAACUGCAUGGUUAGCUUGCACAUACGUGCAACAUUAUUGUUAUUAAGCAUUAGUUGAUCAAUGAGCACACUUUCAUAUUAAGGAAUGGAGAGAGAAUCGCCUCAGAAAAUAUUUUGAAAUAAGUUCUUAAUAAUUAUUUGUUUUUAAAUUGCACCAUGAGACCUACUCUGCACCAUUCGUUUCCUGGGUUGUGCUCAGUGACAGUCCUUCUGCAGGCUGCGGCUCGCUCUGCAGUAGCUCCAGCAGCUCCGUGUGAUGUAGGACUCGGAUGUGUCUGGGGAGCAGGGUCUCCCAGGACAGGCUUGGUGUUCCUGCAGCCUUCCACUCCCAGAACCAGAGCUUGCUGGUGUUCAUGCUCGCUGUGGAGGCAUGCCCUUGAGUGAGUUGAUUUAUCAGCCUGCGAGUACACAAUUUGUGGAGUUUUUUUGCACUUAUUGAUAAUUUGUGUAUUCUUUGCUUUUUCAAUGAAAGUGAAUGAUGUGUUAAAUUUCAGAUUUUUAAAGAUUUCCUUGUUUGUUUCUCUCUGUUUUAGUCCUUUGUUUUCACAAACGCCUGUUUUGCUCUCGGUCCGUGUCAUUUUUCCCCCUUGGCCGAGUGCAAGUUGAGUAGGAGUGCAGAGUGGGCUGCUGUUGCACCUGUGAAGAAUUCUAGUGCACAAACAGGCUCUGUGAACAGGGGGCUCAGUGCCUCAGUCCCUCAGUCUCAGCUCUUGCAGCGGAUUGCAGAUGUGGAGCCCUGAAAGUGUGAUCCAUAGCACGUCUCUGGCAACCAGUUGCAACACACCUACCAUUGUGAGAAAAGGUGGUUUUAGGGUGUUUCGUCCUGCAGCAUGGCUGGUUCAUCCAAUGGAAUGACACAUUUUUUACAAACUCCUGGGGACUGGGCACAGAAUGAGCAAAAAGGACCGAUACUGAAGCUUUAUUCUUCUCAUCAUGCCAACAGCAGCAUACAAUCCCAACAUUGCUGGCACAGUAGAUUCAGAGAGAUACUGUACCUGCUGUACAUCACAGCCAUUCAGUCACAAGGCUAAGUGAUUAUGGCCAGCACUCUCGAUCUCUGGACUGUACAGUCCAGCAGUGCCUCGCUGUGGUCUGUGUGUAAUACGAGUGCUCCUGACGGCCAGUCUGUGCAAAUGCUGAAUUAAGAUACUUGGGACUUUUAUUUACCAAUACUUGAAAUGUAUCCCCAGAAACUGGAAAGAGUCUUUGUUCCAGACAUCUAUAUCAUCAUUACUGCUGUUAUUGUAGCUUUUGUUUUAAAAAAAUGUUGCUAUGAUUCAAUAUAUAUUUGAUUGCCAGUUUAUAUAUUUAUUUGAU